AAAAAAAAAUUCGGGGGCCCGGCGGGUCAGACCUGAACGCGCCGUGCCGGUUCCGUUGCAGGCCCCUGGGGGGCCGCCGUCCGGGUUGUUCCGCUGGGCUCCGUCACCUCCUCCUAAAGAUGCAUCCCGACUUAUCUCCGCACUUGCACACUGAAGAGUGCAACAUCUUGAUAAACUUGCUUAAGGAAUGUCACAAAAAUCACAGCUUUCUGAAAUUUUUUGGUCAUUGCAAUGAUCUUGAUCGAGAGAUGAGAAAAUGCUUGAAGAAAGAGUACAUGGAAAAGAGGAUCAAGAGCAGGGAGCAUGGUAAUGCGAUGCGAAAGAGACUAUUUAAUUCUCCAGAGAAUUCUGAAAAAUAAAUUGUAUUUUCACUGGAUGCCUUGGCUGAGAGAAGACCGAAAGCCCCUGGGGUGACGGCUGAGAGAAUCCUGUCUCGUCCGCUCUCCAGAACCCUUGCUGCUCCGUAGACACAAGCCAUGGAAAGAUCCGGAAAAGCCUGGAUUCUCGCAGUGUUGGCAGAGCCCUUAGUUCUCUCCAGCGUACUUGACUUCCACUUCCUCCCUCCCCCUCCACCAGGGAACACUGGAGUCACUUUUCUCCCUCAAUAAAAUAACUGAUUUUAAUCAUA